CUUUUACCUUUUUCUCCUGCUUCUCUCAAUACGAGGAGAUAUGUAAGCAAAAAGCUUUAAAAAACUCAAAAACCGAUCAACAAGAAACAUAAGGAUUAUCAGCAGAAGAACAGGAAAACAGUUUACCUUCUUUGCUUUCUUCGUGUUCUUGCGUUGAAUAGGUUUCAUUUAUUUUAAAUUUGGGGUUUUAUCCCUAGAAAAGACGGUUUCUUAACCGUUUAAAUCCCAUAAGGAGAAGAUAAUUCAAUGGAGCCUCCAACGGGAAUCUUGUCUUCUCUGUGGCAAUUCAUACUCUUCAUUCCUUAUUUCACUGGAUUACUUCUUCUGGGUAUCAUUAAAGGUAUCGUUUUCUGCCCUCUUAUAUGCCUUAUCGUGGCUUUUGGAAACUCUGCAAUCAUCUUAGGCCUUUUACCAGUACACGCCGUUUGGACUCUAUAUUCGAUCUUGAGUGCUAAACAGUUAGGACCAAUCUUGAAGCUUUUCCUGUGCUUAUGUCUUCCUCUCGGCGUCAUUCUCUGGAUUGUGGUUAGUAUCAUAGGAAGUAUCCUCGGGGGAGCUUUAUAUGGCUUUCUUUCCCCAAUAUUCGCCACGUUCGAUGCUGUUGGCGAAGGGAAGUCUAAUCCGUUUUUACAUUGCUUUUACGAUGGAACAUGGAGCACUGUUAAAGGGAGCUUCACCGUUGUCUGCGAUUUUAAAGACGUUUGCUUUCACUCCUACUUUUCGCUUAUGGAUGAUCUUAGAACAUCUAGUGCAGAUCGUCAUUAUUAUGAAAUAAGGUUACUCCAAAUCCCAGGCGCUUUGAUCGUUGUGGUUCUUGGAGUUUUUGUUGAUUUCCCUGUGAUUUCACUCGUAGCCUUAUAUAAAAGCCCUUACAUGUUGUUUAAAGGCUGGCGUCGUUUGUUUCAUGACCUUAUUGGACGUGAAGGUCCUUUCUUGGAGACAAUGUGUGUCCCAAUCGCAGGCCUUGUGAUCUUACUCUGGCCUUUAGCUGUCGUGGGAGCGGUUUUAGGAUCUGUGGUCUCUAGUGUCUUCCUUGGUGCUUACGCUGGUGUAAUCUCGUAUCAGGAAUCUUCGUUCUACUUCGGUCUCUGCUAUGUCGUUGCUUCACUUUCGAUUUACGAUGAGUAUAGCAACGAUGUUCUUGACAUGCCUGAAGGUUCUUGCUUCCCAAGACCAAAGUAUCGAAGAAUCGAAGAUGGCGGUAGUACUGCUGGUGGGCUUUCAAGACCAAACUCUUUCAAGACAACUCCAUCAAGAGGAGGAUCAAACAGAGGCCCAAUGAUUGACCUCAAGCCUCUUGAUCUUCUUGAAGCUCUUUUUGUAGAAUGUAGAAAGUACGGAGAGACUAUGGUAACGAGAGGGAUUAUAAACUCAAAGGACAUCGAAGAAGCUAAGUCUAGCAAAGGCAGCCAAGUGAUUAGCAUUGGCUUGCCUGCUUAUUCCCUUCUUCACGAGCUUUUACGCUCUAUCAAAUCCAAUUCCACCGGUUUGUUACUCGGUGACGGUGUUACGGAGAUAACCUCAAAGAACCGACCAAAAGAUGCGUUCUUUGAUUGGUUUCUGAAUCCGUUUCUGAUACUUAAAGACCAGAUCGAAGCAGCGAAUCUAUCCGAAGAAGAAGAAGAGUAUCUUGGGAAAUUGGUGUUGCUGUUUGGAGAUUCAGAGAGACUCAAAAGCUCCAUGACCGACUCUGAAUCUCCUGUUUUGACCGAACUAAGAAAAGCCGAGCUUGACGCCUUUGCUCGCAGGCUUCAAGGAUUGACCAAAUCGGUAUCAAGAUAUCCAACAUUCAGAAGACAUUUUGUGGAGCUAGUCAAGAAACUAUCAAAUGAUCUAGACAAUAAACAUGACCGGUUUGAAGGCGGUUCGAGACCGGUUCCACGUCCCGGGAAAACCGUUUCUCGGAUUUUCAGCCAGAGAUCGUUCAAGAACAAGACGAGUACCAACGGGUCAGAUCAAGAUUCACCAAACCGUGGCUUAAGAGGCGUUGAUAUUGUGUAAAGUAUAGUAAGUAUGUUGUGUGAACUCUAAAUCUAGAUCGAAAAAUCAGUCUUUUUAAGCUCUGUAAUCAUAAGUUUUUUAUACAGAUUCAGUGAAUAUGAAAGCUGUUUUUUUACGAUGAUCUAUCAAUCUGAUUUUACAAAUGUUGAUUUUGACUCAGCUUUUCUUGAUGUCGUUGUUGUUUGUUCCUCAGAAACAGCAGAACCAUUUCUUCUGUGCUUCUUGCCCUUUGUUAUUGUUGUUGUCACGGCGUUGAGACGUGGCACGACCACUAGCGUUUGUCUUUUUGUCGUCUCGAGCUUUAGCGAAUAUAACCGUGAACCCUUCGGCUGAUGCUGGAUCGUUCACAUCCCAUUCUCCAAAUUUUGGUAAUGGUCGAUCUUGUUGUUGUCUCGGUUGAUUAUUC